UUGACCCGAUAAUAUUUAAUUAAUAUAUUGAAAUUGACUUUCCUCUUGGAUUUCAACCUAUAAAAACCCCAAAACCCAAAAUCUUUCUUCGUCUUUCCCAUCGGCUCAAACUCCAGCUUAAUCCAAUAAUAAACAGUCAACCACUCAAAUAUGGCUUCCAACUCCACCAGUUCCUGUGACACGAAGAAAUACAAGGGCGUACGGCGGCGUAAGUGGGGGAAGUGGGUGUCGGAGAUCCGAGUUCCGGGCAGCCAAGAACGGCUGUGGUUAGGUUCUUACUCGUCGCCGGAGGCCGCCGCCGUGGCUCACGAUGUCGCAUAUUAUUGCCUGAGAAGACCCUCAAACCUGGACCACCUCAACUUCCCGCCGACGGUGCUGCCCUUGACCAACCACCUUCUUAUCCGAGACGACAUGUCGCCUGGCUCCAUUCAGAAGGCAGCCUCCGACGCCGCCAUGGCUGUCGACGCACAGUAUAUAUGCAACAACUUGCCUGACCGGGGCAGCAGCGGCGGGGCAGGGACAUUUCAGAACUAUACGGCGCCAAAUGAUCAAGAUCUUUCCGUUGAAGAUUAUCUGUGAGUGUUAAUUUGAUGACGAAAUCAGCGCGUCCUCGAAUCAACGGCUGGGAUGGGACGAAUACGAUAUGUAUCAAGUAGCGAUCAACUUUCCAUCAGAGUGCUGCCGGGGUCAGCCAGGCUUUCCAACUUUCGAUGGUUUAGAGU